AUGAUUCAUCAAGCCCAGAACGCAGCAAUCCAGACUUUUGGAGAUGCACAACCUCAUCCUGCCGAGAUCCUUGCUGGACGUGCGAUGGAAAAGUUCAAAACUAUGGCGAGAAACCAGUCCGAUACGUAUGAAGCUGCUGUAGCUGAGUACAAACGCCGAUACCACAUCGAUCCUCCACCAGGCUUCAAAGACUGGUUUCAGUUUGCCCGACACCACGAAUCCCCUAUCAUCGACGAAUUCGACAUGAUUUCUAGCUCUAUAUCCCCCUUUCUGAAGCUCAGUGGCCAAGACGUAGCCGAAGCUAUGAAUCAGUUGUAUAAAACUUCACGAAGUGAAGUCUGGUUUUGCGAGUUUGUAGGCAGGACAUCUGAAAUGAAAUGCAAGCAUCCCCAUCGCUCUUAUGACAGACAUUAUAGUCUCCUGUUUAACAGACUUCUGCACAACCUUCCUGGAGUCCUUCCAAACGUCAAGCUUCUCAUCAAUCAUUUCGAUGAGCCCCGAAUGAUGAUUCCAUUAGCGAAGGGUGAUGGAGAGAAACACCUUACACUUACGAAUAUGGCACAACAGCCCACAUGGGACAUUUUGACGAAGUCCUGUUCAGCCACGAAAGUAAGGACUAAUGAAAGGAUACAUGGUCUGCCCUUUGUUCAAGAUCAUCUAGUCAAUUCAGAUCUAUGCAAACACCCCGAGUAUAAACAUCUGCAAGGGGCUUUUGUAAGCCCCCAAACAUUCCCUCUCAUUGAGGGCUUAGUACCAGUUCUAUCAACCGGCGCGUAUUCGACUAUGGGCGACAUCCUUUUCCCAAGCCCAGCUUAUAUCGAAAAGGAAUUCCAAUACGACAGUAGUCGUGACAUGCUAUGGUCAAAGAAGAAGGACAAUCUUUACUGGAGAGGUUCAACAACUGGAGGUCACGCACACGAUGGUCGAUGGAGAGAUUUUCAACGACAGAGAUUUGUUGGAAUGACCCAGAAUCUGGGACAUCAGAAACAUUCUUACAUGCGAAAAGAAGACGAUUCAAUCACCACUGUUGAAUCAGGACUCCUGAACGGACGACUAUUCGAUGUUGGCUUUACGAGGAUCUUCCAAUGCGAUAAGAAAUUUUGCAGGGAUCAAAGCACAUAUUUCGACGUCAAAUCUUGGGCAGACAAGGAUAAGGCGUUUGGAUCAAAACUUGCGUUUGAUCUCGACGGGAACGGUAUAAGCGGGCGAUACUACAAGCUAUUGUCGUCAAAUUGUCUCCCAUUGAAACAGACUCUCCUGCGAGAGUGGCAUGACGAGAGGUUGAUGCCCUGGGUGCAUUAUAUCCCUGUCAGCCAAAGUCUGAAAGAGCUACCGGAACUUGUCACCUACUUGACCACGACUGAGAGAGGACAGAGGUUGGCUGCAGAUAUUGCAAAUAGAGGAAAGGAGUGGAUGGGUAAAGCAAUACGGGAGGUUGAUAUGACUGUUUAUUUAUAUAGGUUAUUACUGGAACUUGCUAGGCUUCAGGAUCCAGAGCGAGAGGCGUUUUGA